AUGGAGAAUUGUAAACCUGCUCUCACUCCUUCUAAGCCUCACUCUCAAUUACUUGUCACAGAAGAUACUCCACUUCCUGAUGCAACUUUAUAUCGUAGUCUUGUCGGUGCUCUCCAGUAUCUCACAUUCACACAGACCGAUAUUGCUCAUUCAGUUGGUGUUGUUUAUCAAUUUAUGCAUCAACCUACUGAUGCUCAUUUCUUCUUGGUCAAACGCAUUCUUCGAUAUAUCAAAGGCACCUUAACAUGUGGUCUUACUUACCAAGCUGCCUCUUCUGCUACACUAUCAGCUUAUUCUGAUUCCGAUUGGGCAGCUAAUAUUAAUACACGGCGUUCCAUCACUGCUUAUGUUGUCUUUUUGGGUGCCAAUCCAGUCUCAUGGCAGUCCAAGCGGCAAGUAUUCGUGUCUUGUAGCUCCACUGAAGCUGAAUAUAAAGCACUUGCUCACUGUGCUACAAAUGUGUGUUGGUUGUGA